AUGCGAGAACAAGACCCCGCAUUGCUUCACACUGUUCCAAAUCGCCGACAGUUUAUAUGGCACUGUAUUGCAGAGAUUAUGUGUCUUCCAAACCAUCAGAUCCCCGAUGGUCUCAACCACAUGACUUUUUGCACUGCGCCAAUUCUGGCAAACACCGGACCGGGCAGCGUCAAGCCAACUCGAUCAGUGCCUUCGUACAAGACAAGUUAUGCUCAUAUCUACCUUGCACCCCUCCCCCUCUAUCUCGGUAUCAUGGAUCCAAUUUGGACCUGCUAUCACAAUCUCGAUCACGACCCGGGAGAUCCGUUCGUUAUCUUUCUGGUUGCCUAA